AUGAGUCUAGAGAACUUUACCUGGGUCAGGGUUACCCCUGCUGAAUUCAUCCUCAUGGGCAUCACUAACCGCUGGGACCUGCGUGUGACCCUCUUCCUGAUUUUCCUGCCUGUCUACCUGAUCAGCCUGUUAGGAAACAUGGGCAUGGUGCUACUGAUCUGGGUGAAUUCUCGGCUCCACACGCCCAUGUACUUCUUCCUGGCCAACCUCUCCCUGCUGGAUGCCUGCUAUUCCUCUGCCAUUGGCCCCAAGAUGCUAGUGGACCUGCUGCUGACCCGUGCCACCAUCCCUUAUGCAGGAUGUGCCCUCCAGAUGUUUGUCUUUGCAGGGCUGGCUGACGCCGAGUGCUGCCUGUUAGCAGUCAUGGCCUAUGAUCGCUAUGUGGCGGUGGGAAGCCCUCUUCUGUACACCACGGUGAUGUCGCGGCAUCUAUGCCUGGCACUGCUGGGGGCAUCAGGUCUGGGUGGGGCAGUGAGUGCCUUUGUCCACACGACGUUCACCUUUCGCCUGAGCUUCUGCGGUUCCAGGGAGGUGAACAGCUUCUUCUGCGAUAUCCCUCCACUGCUGGCCAUCUCGUGCAGUGACACCAGUCUGAAUGAACUCCUUCUCUUUGCUGUGUGUGGCUUCAUCCAGACGGCCACAGUGUUAGUGAUUGCCGUGUCUUACGGCUUCAUUGCUGGAGCUGUCAUCCGCAUGCCCUCAACCGAGGGCCGCCGGCGGGCAGCUUCCACCUGUGGCUCCCACCUCACGGCCGUGGCCAUGUUGUAUGGGACGCUGAUUUUCAUGUACUUGCGUCCCAGUUCCAGCUAUGCCCUGGACACUGACAAGAUGGCAUCCGUGUUCUACACCCUCGUCAUUCCAGCUCUCAACCCACUCAUCUACAGCCUUCGAAACAAAGAGGUCAAAGAAGCCCUUGGGCGCACCUGGAGAAGGUUCUGCUGUCCAGGGCAGGGCACCAGUGGUUGGUCCCAAGAUGCUGGCUAG